GAUGACACCACAGGAUUUUAGAGCUAUUGUUGUCACACGCUUUCCACUAAUAUGGAAAACUCUCCGGAGGACUACAGGAUCCAGUCGUUUGACCUGGAAACACAAAUAUUGCUCAAAACUGCCUUGAAAGAUCCGGGGUCAGUGAACCUGGAGAAGGUGUCCAACAUCAUCGUGGAUCAGUCACUGAAGGACCAAGUGUUCAGCAAAGAGGCGGGACGCAUCUGCUACACGAUUGUGCAGGCAGAAGCCAAGCAAAACAACGGCAGCGUGUUCAGGAGGAACUUGCUGAACAGACUCCAGCAGGAGUUCAAGGACCGUGAGGAGACCCGAGCUCGUUCCCUGCAGGAGUGGGUGUGCUUUGUCACCUUCAUCUGCAACAUCUACGACUACCUCAAAGUGAACAACAUGCCCAUGGUGGCGCUGGUCCAGCCCGUGUACGACUGUCUGACGAGGUUGGCGCAACCCGAUGCGCUGCUGAACGAAGAGGAGGUGGACUGCCUGGUGCUGCAGCUCCACCGUAUUGGGGAGCAGCUGGAGAAGUCCAGCAACCAGCGCAUGGACGAGCUCUUCUAUCUGCUGCGUGAUGGUUUCCUCCUCCAAGAGGGCCUCAGUUCCAUGGCCCGUUUGCUGCUGCUAGAGAUCCUGGAAUUCCGGGCGGGCGGUUGGGUGCUCAGUGGCACGGCGCACCGAUAUUACUACAGUGAAAUAGCAGACUGA